AUGGAGAGCCACAUCAAGAAGGGUUCCAGCCGUCCAACGCAAGAUGCAGCGCAAACCCAAGCACGAGCUGUUUACCCGAGUGGUUUCAAACUCGUGAUAAUCAUGACUUCUCUCCUCCUGGGCACAACACUAAUGGCUCUCGACACCACAAUCAUCAGUGUAGCAACCCCCACCAUAACAGCAGAAUACCACACGCUCAACGAUGUGGGCUGGUACGGCGCUGCUUAUCUGAUGACAUUGACGGCAACGACUCCGAUCAGCGCGAAUUUCUUCAAGUAUUUUAAUCCGAAAUAUGUUUAUUUGGCGGCGAUUGGGAUUUUUAAAGUCGGCUCUCUCGUCACAGCAUUAGCCCCAUCAUCCGCAGCUUUUAUCGCAGGAAGAGCGGUUACUGGAAUUGGUGCUGGUGCACUUCUCCAGGGCGCUUUUGGGAUUUUGACAAAUCUCCCCUUAGGUGGUGUGGUCUUUAUCCUGAUCGUCGCAUUCCUCGACCUGAAAGGCGUCGACAAGUCAACACGAGAUCUACCAUUUAGAACAAAACUUAUCGGUUUAGAUUUUCCAGGAGUCAUACUCAUCAUCGCUUCGGUUUCUUGCCUGUUCCUUGCUCUUCAGGAAGGCGGUGUUACCGCACCGUGGAAAUCCGCACGACCUAUUGGUUUGUUGAUUGGGUUCGGACUACUCCUCAUCAUUUUCGGGGUCUGGCAAUGGAAAGCCGGCGAAAACGCAACGAUUCCAUUGCGUUAUCUCAAAGAUCGCACUGUGCUUUGGGGCUCAAUAUAUCUCUUCUGGGAUAAUAUGGCGUCUUACAUCACCAUUUACUAUCUUCCAUUUUACUUUCAAGCAGCGCUCAACCAAUCGCCGAUACAGAGUUCUGUGAGCUAUAUCGCUUUAGCUAUUCCUCAGAUGAUUGGGCUUCUGGCAGGCGGAGGUAUAACUACCAAAACUGGUCACUAUAUGCCAGUAAUUCUGUUUGCUCAAGUUCUCUGUGCGAUUGGAGCAGGACUUUUGACUACGUUAACGACAAACACCCCCACAGCCAAAUGGGCAACCUACCUGGUGCUAACCGGACUUGGACUUGGGUUGGGUGUUAACGUACCUCAUAUCGCAAUUCAGGCAGUCAUGGAAACUGACAACGACAUCUUUCUCGCAAAUGGAAUUGCCAGCUUUUUCGGACAGCUAGGCGGUGCAAUCGGAAUACCAAUCGCAAACACCCUUUUAGUAAAUGGUUUACGAUCAUCCAUCCCGAAAGCGACGGGCGACAAGAUUUCCCCACAAACUGUCAUCGACGUCGGUGCAACCGGGUUGAGUAAGUUAACACAAGAACCGCAGCUGAUACUCAAGAUCCGAGAGGCAUACACUGUGGCCAUCUCCCAUACCAUGAUUCUGCUGCUCGUAACAAUUUGUGUAUCAGUCCCCGUGGCUUUAGGCAUGAAAUGGCUGAAUAUCAAAGAAGUUUCCAUUGAGAGAGAAAGGGUGAAAGCUUCGAUGGGUAUUGAGGCGCAGGUUGUGGACGAUGCAACAAUUUCUGGAGGAGAAAAAACUGGUCAGAAGAGAUAUGUAGCUAGCAAUAAGACAAUUCGUAGGGAGUGCGACGAUAUUUACGUACCUCAAACGCGGCUCAGCGUGUACACUACUCAGCAUCAUGAUGAUCCCACCGAAAACGAAUCCCACAAAACUUCGAACCUUGACUGUGAGUCCAUAAAAAUUCAGAAUCUCGCACAUUUCUUUCUCUCUGAUUUGACUACUGAAGUCUAUACCAUGUCCCUCUCAACCCAAAGCCCCGAGAAGCAUGUCUGCUACCUCGAAGCCCACACUCUCUGGCAAAAGAGUGCAAUAACACAAAAACAAUAUACACACUACCUCCUCCUUCAUCUUCUGGGCAGCCAACCUAUUAAUUGUACCGACGACGCAGACGACCAUGACUUCAGCAGCGAGCUAGAACGAGAGGACGUAUUUGGGUCGCUGAUACGAGAGGUUGCAGUGAGGAUUGAUAGCAUGUCGAUUCAUCAUGUAAGAGAUGUUGCGCCACUAGAAGCAGUAUUCACAACUUACCGAACCACCAAAAACAAAGGAGUAAAUGGAGUUCUAGAAGUGAAAGCAAAGAUCGACACUCUAGGCAGAGAAGAACAGCAGAUGAUUCUGGGUGCGUUAGCUUAUCGUGCGUUGCAACAUCGACGCGCCGGCGUAUUGGAGUUGUGUUUGGAUAUUGGGUGGCACUAUACGCAACCGUUUUUGGAUGAAGCGAAUAGUUUCCAGAGAAACCCUGAAAAGCGAAAAGAACAUCCGGAAAUACUGAGAGUGCUUGAGGAGUCGCAGAUGAGGAAGCAACAUGCUGUGGAGAAAGUUGAGAGGGGAAGUAUGCAUCCGCUGUACUAG